CAACCCACACAGUUAAAAGGAGAUCGUUCGGACAUUUUGUAGCUUUAAAUCCAAAAACUUCACAGCAGAUACCAAAGUAACUACCAUAGAAUUGAAAUAGGUUUUAAAAAAAUCUAAUACGAGUAUUAGGAAAGCAUCAUGGCUGUUGGUGAUUCAAGUCAAACUUCAAUAAGGCUCGAGGGAAAGUUUGGUGCAAAUGUGAUAUGUUGGAUUCUUGGAAUUGGAUCCCUUAUUUCUUGGAACAGUCUUACUUCAAUAGAAGAUUACUACUAUGACGUAUUUCCGGACUACCAUCCUUCUAGGGUACUUACCCUUGUCUAUCAGCCUUUUGCUUUUGGAACAAUGGCAUUUGCUGCAUAUAAUGAAUCAAAGAUCGAUACCAGGAGACGUAACAUUGUUGGAUACAUCAUAUUCUUCGCCGGGACUCUGGCCCUCAUUUUGGUGGAUUUAGGUACAUCUGGGAAGGGUAGCAUUGGGUCUUAUAUGGGUAUAUGUUCGAUUGUUGCUGCUUUUGGGUUUGCAGAUGCCCUAAUUCAAGGUGGGAUGCUUGGUGAUUUGGCUCUCAUGUGCCCGGAAUUCAUCCAAUCCUUCUUGGCCGGUAUGGCUGCAGCAGGAGCUCUAACUUCUGCCUUGAGACUAGUCACAAAAGCAGUUUUCAACGAUAUUGAUGAUGGUCUUCGCAGAGGAGCAUUGUUAUUCCUCUCAAUCUCUACAUUCUUUGAGUUUUUCUGCAUCUUUCUCUAUGCAUUCGUCUUUGCGAAGUUACCAAUCGUGAAGUACUACCGUAGUAAAGCAGCCCUUGAAGGUUCAUUGACUGUUUCAUCAGAUCUUUCUGCUGCUGGAAUUCAAACCGAUCUGACCCAAAAACUAGUUGAUGGUUAUGUCGAAAAUUUACAAAGGCUGAGCAACAAAGAACUUCUAUUUCAAAACAUGGAUUACGCAUUAGAUUUGUUCUUGAUAUUUGUCCUGACUUUGUCAAUAUUCCCAGGGUUUUUAUACGAAAAUACUGGAGAGCACCAGUUGGGUUCAUGGUAUCCGCUUGUUUUAGUAGCCACAUUCAACAUUUGGGACUUGAUAUCAAGAUAUAUCCCUCUAAUACAAUGCCUCAAGUUAGAAUCACGAAAGGGGCUGUUGGCCAUAGUCAUGUUGCGUUUCUUGCUUGUGCCAGCAUUUAGUUUUGCUGCAAAAUAUGCCGAUCAAGGAUGGAUGAUUAUGCUAGUAUCCAUUUUGGGAUUAACUAAUGGAUACCUUGCCGUAUGCGUUCUCAUGGCUGCGCCCAAGGGUUAUAAGGGUCCGGAGCAAAAUGCACUUGGAAAUUUGCUUGUGUUUUUCUUGUUGGGAGGCAUAUUUUUGGGGGCGGCCCUCGACUGGUUAUGGCUUAUUGGUAAUGGAAGCUUUUAGGAACAGCGCACGCAGUUGUUGACAAUAUGUAAAUGCCGCCCUUUACCUCAACGUAACCGGUUUCACGUACUCGCGUAUGUUUACAUAUAUCAACAUAUGCACAUAUUUGUUUAUAUGGCUAAUUACAACCUAUAUUAAGGAAGUGUACACAUGUACUCAAGUGUGUAAGUUAUGUACAUCAUGAUGUACAUGUAUGUUUUAUAUUCAAAAUUUAAAACGAA